AUGAAAGCCAUCUACCUUACUCGACCUUCCGCAAACACUCCCCCAGGCAUCUCCCUGACUACUCUACCCAUCCCAACCCCACCACCAGGCCAUCUCCUGGUCAGGAUCCACUACUCCUCCAUCCAGCCCUCCGACAAACUCAAUGCAAAAGGCGGCUUUCCCAAGACUACAUUCCCUCGCAUUCCCGGCCGCGACUACGCAGGCGUCGUGGUUGGCGGCACUCCCACCAGAAACGACAUCAAAAUCGGCACCGAAGUCUACGGCAGUAGCGGUGAAGCUCUCGGAUUCACCCAAGAUGGCACGCAUGCCGAAUACUGUGUGAUUCCAGAGGAGGCUCUGGUCGAGAAACCAAAGACAUUGUCCCUUCUGCAGGCGUCGCUGGUGGGCGUGCCGUUCCUAACUGCGCUGCGGUGUCUGCGCCGCGCGAGGACUCACAAGGAUGAUAUCGUGCUUGUUCUCGGUGCGACAGGUGGUGUUGGGUCUGCUGCGGUCCAGAUCGCAAAGGCAAUGGGAUGCAAGCGCGUCUUGGGCGCUGCGCGAAGUGCCGCUCCAGGCGAUGCUGAUAGGGUUGUUCUCAGCUCUUCGCCGGCAGAUUCGCUGGGUGAUGCCAUCCCGCAACUCACGGACAACCAUGGAGCGGAUGUGGUCAUCGACACGGUGGGCGAUCUUGAACUCAUGGCCGCUGCUUACUCCCAGCUUGCAGACCGUGGUAGAUACAUAUGGAUCGCAGCCCCGCGCGGACCAGGCGCGAAGACAGAUUUCACCUUCGAUAUCUUCCAGGCAUACCGAAAGGAGAUUGAGCUGGCUGGGUGCAAUACGACGAAUGCGACGCUUACAGAAGUAGCGGACGAGCUACGCCAGUUGAGGGGUUGGUUCGAAAGCGGCGCGGUCAAAACCCGCAGCGAAGACACGGUGGAGCUAAUGGGUCUGGAGGACGCGAUCGAGAAGGGAUACGAUGGCACAGGCAAAAAGCAGGCUGUCAUUAAGAUGACUUGA